AUGGCUGCUGCUGCUGCUCUCGGCGAUAACUCCAAUCCGUUGGUGUACUCGUCCGAUUCGGAAUGUGAAGAUCUUCUCGGGAGCCUUUCCCUCGGGGAAAUCGAGAAUUGGGAUAAAGUGGAGGAGUCCGAGGUUGACCCUAUCACACCAGUAGAGGUUUUUGAAAUAAUUCGUCGUUUGCGAGACCCAGAGCACCCGACGCUCUCCUUAGAACAGCUACGAGUGGUGACACCAGAACAGAUACAAGUCACCAACGGAGUCACGGAUGGCAUUACCAGAAUCGAUGUUGAAUUCACACCAACGAUACCAACAUGUUCCGUCGCCACUUUAAUUGGGUUGACUAUCCGAACGAAACUGCAGAAAUGCGUUUGUGGGGCGAAUGGAAAUGUUAAGAUAAAUGUGAACAUCAAGGAAGGUACACAUGAUCAGGAAGAGCAGGUGAAUAAGCAACUAAACGACAAGGAACGGUGUCAGGCUGCGAUAGAGAAUCCCAAUUUACAAAAAGUAUUGUUGCAAUCAGGUCCUUUCCCCUCCACUGAGGUACCCUCCUGCAGUAGUCACCUGUUGUGA